UGAAAUAGUUGCUAGUGAUUUCUGCUGUGCUUCCACAUUGAAGUUCCUCCAACACAGAGCCAAACAUGAAGAAAUGCUGAGAGCAUUAAUCGCACUGCUCUAUACUUUUCAGCUAUCUUUUGGCAGCCUUUGAAAGUCACAGCUAAAAAUACUGAAAACACUCUAGGUUCAGUGGGAUUCGAGUUAAGAAAAAGGAUAGCGUAGAAAGAAGAUGACUGAGAAGGAAGAGUCGUGUCAUGACUGUACUUGCUGAGGCCUCAGUGUAGGUGGGAAAGCAAAAGGACUGUUCAUCCAUGUUAAAGGCACACCUGAUCCAAAAAGCAGUCAGCCACUGUACUCCAAAACAUUGUCGAGGUUUUGGGGGACUUUUUUCCCUUAACGUAACAUGGAUGGACAAACCUUUGUCGCUUCAACCAUGGCACAAGAGGAGGAAGCACCCCAGAGACAGAUCUCUGGCAGAGGAGUAAUGCCUAAGGGUUAUUGCAGAAAUACUGGUGUCUUGGAGCAAGCCCAAAGCUUUUUUUGUUGUUUUUUAAACUUAGCGAGGGCUUAUGCAACUCCAAGUUCCCACUUCUCCCUGCUUUCCCAUCUGGACUGGGUGCUCCUGGGAGUCCUUGGCAGAGGCAGAGGCACUGAUCCAGCCCCAGGAUACCCGGUCUCCUUUCCUGGGCAUGGAGGUUGAUGCACUUGGGCAGUAUCAUCCUUCAUACCAAUCACCAGGGAUGUACGUUGGCCAUCAGGGAACCUGCCAGACUAUUGCAAGAAACUGUUCAGUGUUUUACGUGGCUGCUGCCAGCUGUUCACACAAAGACUUUAAGAGAGUGAAAGUUGCGAAAAGCAUAAGAGUAGCUGGCUACAGUAAUAAAAUGGAUUUUUUCCCUGAUUUUACAAGCCAUUGUAGACUUGUUCCCACUGUGUUUACUCACUUGGAAGUGACAUUUUUCACUGUCACUGAUCAGGGUUGGCCAGAAAAUGAACCUUUACUAAACUAUUGCUCCUUCUUUUGCUUAAUGCAUGAGCAUUGACUCUCCAGCACCCAGAAAUUCACCUCUCAGUGAUGCCUGGAGGCUCUGUAAGCCUGCCACUUGCAGAGUUUAUGGCAUGCUCUAGGGCUGUUAUUCUAUACCUGUGUUAGACAUAGGCUGUAGCAGCCUGGGUAUAAGGUACCCAGCUAAAAACAUGAAAGUACAGGCUGCAAAUCCAAGCUAUGUUGUACGGAACCAUCAUGUCACAAUUCUUCCUGCAGCUGCAGGAUUUAUUUUGCACUGCUUAAUCUGAUGCCGAACCCUCCCAAACGGGCUCCGAGCAUCCCAGCCAAGUCCCGGUACGAGCACAGCGCUCUCAGCGACCUCGUCUGCCUCAGCGCUGCUGCCGCUCGCUGCAGCCGGGACGCGAGAAGCCAGGCAAGUUCUGCAGCGCUCCGGGAAGAGAGCAGCGGGGCUGGGGCCACCGCAGAAAGGAGCUCACGGGGGAAAAGCCCUGGCACCCCCGGGUGGGAAGAGCAGUGAGAAGUUGCCAGCUGAGGGAUGUUUGAACUCCACGGAGGCAGACUUCGCUGCUGAGGAAAGCGCAUGCUGGAGGUGCCAGGGUUGCCGUUGGUGAGACGACGCAGCUAAGGCGGGCGGCGAGCUCGCUCCUUGCCGUGCGUGCCUGCUUGAUUGACAUUGGCUUCCAAAUCGCUGCGACUGUGCCUGAAGAAAAGCGAAGGAGCAUCGUUUUGCUGGGAGAAAUUUCCUGGCAGGGGAAGGCAUGCGGUGCAGAGAAACGUGCCAGGGAAGAGCUGCCUAGUGCCUGCAAGUGCGGGUCCAGGUGCUAGCACAACUUCCAGCCAAGCUGGCCAUGCUGCUGUGAAGCCCUUUUUUCCCCAGCACCGGCGCGGGCUGCAGCAGGGGCUGCCCAUGGGACUGCGGCACGCUGGGCUGGAUUAGUUGUCAGUGUGUCACUGCUUCGGCUGGCUGAAGAGCUGAAGAACAGCACAGGGAAGAUGUUGGACCUGAGCUUCCUGACCGAGGAGGAGUAUGAGAAGCUGAUGAAGGUUCUGCAGAGAGAUGCGGAGCUGAAGAAGAAGGACGGGGAUCGCAUCAGGAGGAUACAAGGCUCCAUCAAGGAUGAAAAGAAGAAGAAGUUUGUGACAGGUGAAUGGUUUUCGGAAGUGAAGGCAAAACGGUUUCAAGAAGACUUGGAGGGGUCGGAUCUGCUUCGGGCAUCAAUCAGAAGGAAAAAGGGCAAACUAGAAAAUGAGGUUAACGAGCACAUCCGGAGAGGGCUGGACAGCAAAGACGCCCCAGGUCCUCCCUUCCACGAGCACGCUGCUGGCACAGGAGAGGAGAGAUCCAGCACACCCGUUCUUGAUGCUGCAGAAGAGCGUAAAAUCUUGCCAAAACCGAAGCCGAGACUUUCUGUCCCGCUGUCUGCAUCACACAAGAGAUCCAGUAUACAUGAUGUCUCUUCCUCAGAGAGUGACACUGGAGCAAGUCCAUUUGUGGCUACAACAGGCAGCUUACAUUUGUCUAGAAAAGGUAACGGACGAUCUCCACUGCCUGCCAUGCUUUCAGAGGAUGCUGUGCCUCAGCCCAGCUGUGCAGCUGGAGGAGUAGCUGUUGAUGGGGCCACUGGCACCACAGCAGGACCAAAAACUCCACCUGAAGAAGCGUAUGCUCCCAGCAAGAUACCAGUUAAGAGGAAAUCAAGCAGAGCUCUCCCCAGGUCAGAGCAGUUCGUGAAUCACCUGGGGCCAGCAGAGAACAGCGUGGCAAAGAGAGAGCUGCUGGAAAGCCCCAAAUCACUGACUGCAGAGGGGGAAAGCAGCCAGUCUGUGAAGCACGGUGUGAACUAUACAAUCUCAUCAAUGAGUAAUAAAGAGGAGGAUAUCGGCCUCGAUCGGGAACACUUCAAGAACUUGAAGAACUUCUGGGAGAAAGGAGCAGACUCUGUGAUGGUGGGAAGUACGCCGGAGGACUCGAGCUCGGGGGAGGCAGACGGAAGGCAGUUCAAGCUGUGCCGCUCGCUCUCCAUGCAGUCAGCUCAAGGCCAGAACAGUGAAGAAAAACACGGUGUCUUCAACAAAACAAGAGCCCCUCACAAAAGGACAAUAACUUUGUCUUCCAGUGAGGAAGAACCAAGCUACGUAGCCCCUUCAAGGAAGGGCUCGGUUGCCUUCAUUCCCAGAUCCACGUACGCCAAGAGCAAAGGAGGCCUGGUUACAAGAAACAGCUCACUGGGCGAAAGCAACGGGAAGCCGCCGGUGCCAGAGGAAGAGAAGGUGGCACAGCACAGCUCCAAGAAAUCCAGAUUACCUGUGCGAGCGCCUUCCAUCAAAAUCGAGUCACCUACUAAAGAAGCGUCUGGCAGCACGUCUGAGCCAGAGAUGCCUGCAGACAAGUUCGUCGUGGCAGAAAAACGCAAGUAUGCAAACUGCCUGGCGAGCAGGGUGCAGAUACUCAUUGACCCUGCGCUUACAGAUGAUGAGAAAGAGCAAGGAGCAGACGUGGGUACUCAUGACAGAAUGGAAAUAAAUGGAGAGCCAGCUGAGGAAAAAGCAUGUGAGUCUUCAGACAAGCCAACAGGCAGAGCACCAGGCGGAGAGACAGAAGUUGUUCAGGGAACGGACUCAGCUGUUUACUCAGAGGAAGAUGGAGAUCAUUCUCCUGCUGCUCAGGCAUUGGCCCGAGCAAAUAACAUCAAUCUUGCAAAGAGCAUGGUGAACAUUUACACAACCACGGAGACAUACAAUAAACCUCAUCUGAUACCUCAUCAGUUUCUUGAACCUGAAAGAGUCAAAGAGCUGAGCAGAUCUUCUCCUCUCCUGUUGUCUGAGACAGAAUCAGACACGGCUUCGGAAAUCAGCUUCCAGUUUAGCAAGCACAAAAAGACGCCUAGCAUUGGCAGCCACUCCUCCGACAUGGCAUCUGUCUCCUCGGUGAGUGGCAGUGUGCUCAGUGUGUACAGUGGCGAUUUUGGGAGUGUGGAUGCCCAAGGUACUGUGGAGUUUGCACUAGAUUAUGACGAGAAGAACCGGGAGUUCCAGGUUCAUGUGUCCCAGUGCAAGGACCUGGCUGUCGUGGAUGAGAAGAAAGGCAGAUCUGACCCGUAUGUUAAAACUUAUCUGCUCCCAGACAAAGCUAGAAUGGGUAAGAGGAAAACCUCAGUGAAGAAAAGGACAGUGAAUCCCAUUUACAAUGAGGUGUUACGGUACAAAAUAGAGAAAAUGGUAUUGCUUAUCCAAAAAUUAAACCUCUCUGUUUGGCACAAUGACCCACUGGGACGUAACAGUUUCUUGGGAGAGAUUGAAAUAGACUUGGCCAGCUGGGACUGGAGCAACAGGAAACUCAACUGGUACCCGCUGAAGCCCCGGAGCCUUUCUGCUGUUAAUGGUGUGGAUCAUCGAGGAGUGAUGAAUUUGUCUAUUAAGUACGUCCCUCCAGGAAGUCUAGGUCCCAAGAAUCCUCCCUCUGGUGAAGUCCACAUUUGGGUCAAAGAUGUCAAGGACCUGCUGCAGUUGCGUCCUUCUGGAGUUGACUCCUUUGUGAAAUGCUAUGUGCUUCCAGACACGAGUAAGAAGAGUUACCAAAAGACCCGAGUCAUCAAAAGAGACACAAACCCUAUUUUCAAUCACACUAUUGUGUAUGAUGGCUUUCAUACAGAGGAUCUAAAGGAUGCGUGCGUUGAGCUGACUGUGUGGGAUCAUGAAAAACUAACCAACCAUUUCCUUGGAGGAAUCAGGCUGGGCCUAGGGACGGGUUUGAGCUAUGGCAUCUCCGUGGACUGGAUGGACUCCACACAAGAGGAGGUGGCCUUUUGGCAGGAGAUGAUGUCUGCUACCAAUGAAUGGAUUGAGGGGUUGCUGCCACUGCGUUCGCUGGCAGGGAGGAAAAAGCUGAAAUAACCUACUGUAUGUUCUAGAGAAAGGCUGAACACAUUUGUAAGAAUUAGGAGACUUCCUGCCCCGAGGUGAUCGAGACCAUGGGGCUGGCAGGUGUCACUUUAAUGAGGCAAUUGAUGGACAGCACUUUGGAAACGUUAAACGUAAAGUACUAAUUCCCUGACUGAGGAGCUGGAAGGUGCCUAACUGACGCUAUACUUGAUUUUGACCAAGAAGAAACUUUGUUUGCCUUUUUGUUUAAUCAUUUAUAUUCCAUGUAUUUGAAUUCCAUUAAGCUCUGGGAACAUUGUCAGGGAAGAGGAGGUAUAGAUAUUUUAUUUUUUUACUGUUUCUUGUGCUGUUGUUUUUUUUCCUGUGCAGAGAUGUAGUUUUACUAAAGCAGCAGCACGGAAUUACUCAUAUUUCCCUGCAAGUGGUACACUUUGUAUUUGAUGUAGAAUCGCUCCAAGUCACCAGCCAGCAGUCUGAGAAUGAGCGCUUUGCGUUUGUCGCUGGUGAUAACACGUCUGUAAUGUGAGGGAAAUUGAGAUCCAAGGUGAAUCCAAAGAAAGAGAGGACUAUUUGAAGCAGAAAAUGAAGCAGCCUGAGGAGGAUGACAAUGAGGAAUUCAAUGCAUUAAAUCUUUUCUGCUUUAAAAUGAAAGAGAGAAGAGAUGAUCCUGCAGCUAGUGGGAUUUUGCAACCGGGAGCUGCUUUCCUAGCUGUCCCACAGGCUUGCUCAGUGACCUCAGGCAAGUUGCUCUAUUAAAAGACAAUUCCAGUGCAAUAUAAACUGAAGUGCUCGCCCAAAUGUAAAAUAUUGUUACAUUGCUAAUGGACUUAAUAGCAUCUUCGAAAUGCCUUGUGUGCAAAACAUUUCAAUACGAAAUAAUGAUGUAGGAAACAGUCUCAUGUUAGUCUGGCGCAGAGGGUCAGGAAGGAAAGGUCAGAACCGCCAUGGAAUUCAGGAGGUCUUGGCAACUGCUGGGAGAGGCAAGCAGGGAGUGAACGAAGACAAAGGGUAGCUGCAGAGCUGAGGCCUGGGGUGAUUUCCUGCCUCUGCAUAUCCUGCUGCCCUUCUCAUCUACCUUUCACCUGAUGCCUCUCAGCCUCUUGUUCGGAGCUGGAGUCACCUCCCUGCCAAGAGCUUGCAAGAACUUUGCGUCUGGCGCAUUAGCCGCAGUCGAGGGGCAUUACGAAUGCAUUUUGAAAUGCAGCUGUGUAAUUUUUACUUUGGAUGUACAUAUUGUGAUUAAAUUGAAUGGUUUUCUUUAGUCAUCAGCAGGUCUCCUUGUACCUAUCUUUAGCGUGGUCUGAGUAAUGAAAUAGCAAGCAAAAGAGGUGUUAUAUUUUGUCAUGUCAAAAAGAACCCAAGGGCAAGUGAAAUGUUGUGGAGAAAUAUUUUUUGUAGCUAUCCCGUCUUAGAUUCUGGUUCUGUGAAUAUUUUGAUAUUUGUCUUUAAUGUAUUGAUUUUAUUUUUAAACUCAAACAGGAUUCAUUUUCAGCUUAACAAAGAUGGUUCUAAAUAAAUGAAAGAAAACAUGUAUGGUUGAAGUGACAAGACUUUUUCAUGAAAUGAAGACAUUUGGGAGAUAACCAGCAGCUUUUGUGGAAAAAAAAAUAUGGUUUUGCAAUUGGAGAAAUAUAAAACUUGAAAAUGUACCGGUUAUAGUAAUGAAAGCACUAACAGAAAGUCCGUACAGCAACAGAAUUAAUUAAUGACUAGCCUAAUGAAGGACCUCAUAUAUAUAUAUAUAUAGCAUGUCAACCCAAAGAUACUUUGUAUGGGCUCCAGCCUUGCAUAAUUUGUUCACCAAGCUUUGGUCAUUUUUUACCUUUGUGGGAUAAAAUAGCAAUUUUUGGGCCAAAGGUAAGAGUUUUUAAAUGAUUAGCUUUACCUAUUUAGGUGCUGAACAUGUGAAUAUUGAUGCAUACAUAUGACUUAAUUUCGACGAGGAGGCCUGCUUGUUGGAGCGGAUGGCUUGGUGCAAUGGAGUUACCUGCAGGACUGCUGCUCUCACCCCAAACUCUUCCUCAUCCCACAGCCUGCCUCCCAGGGAGAUUUCUGCUGUGGCUGCAAAUGUGGUCGGUAAUACCAGGGGCUAUGGCUCAGGCAGGUCCAGAUCUCUCUCCGGAGGCUCCUCCGACUGCUCUUCAUUGCAAAAAUGGAGUCAUCUUGCCUGCUCCUCCUCCUCCUCACGUGCAGUGUUAGCACACGUGGUUGUGACGAUGUUGCCAACGCUGCUGUUUACAGAAAUGGAGCUGGAAGUGUUUGUUUUGUGUUUCAGAACAUUAGCAUCUCUUUCACUAGUGGUGCCAAUAAAGGGAGAAAAAGGGUGUCAGUGGGCCACUUUCAUCCCAGAGUAGUUGCUUUUAUGAACUUGGCUCAGGACUUUGUGAACAAACUACUUCUGUAUUCAGAUUUCAUUGAGGGUUUUUGUUAAUCUUUUGCUAGCUUGUUUAUUUAAAUUAAGCCCUGAUUAACUUAAGGAGCUUUCUUUGGCAUUUAAUGCUUUAUCAGAGUAAAAGAUUACACCGCCAAACCACAUACACAUUUGUAACACAGCUGAAUCUGAGGGAGUAAAAUUUGCCAUGUCGUAUCUGUUUCACUGACUAUGCAGAAAGCACUUUAUCAGGAAAAAAAAAAUAAAAUCAGGCACUUAUUGUCAGUGACGUGCAGGAGUGGAGGAGCUUGUGAAUAUAAGGGUAACAGCCUGUUUGUACAUGGCUUUCUGGCUGUAUUUACUAGUUCAUUACAGAAUAGGUUCAGCAAAGUGUCAUAAGAAGGCAAGACUCAAUGCUUAUAGUAAAUGUGUUUUAAGACUCAUUUCCCUGAACGUGAGCGCGCAGGUACCAGCAGAAAUCUGUGCUGAUGCCAACAUCUAAGUCAUGGUGCCACGUCCUGCAGUCACCGAUCUCUUGCUGGAUACAGAAGUAACCCCAAGGAGUGAGUAGGCUGAAAGGUUGCAGGCUGGUCCCCUUAGGCACUAUCUGCUGAAAAUAAAAUAAAAAUCUGUGACUACAGUAGAGGUGGGCAACUGCUUUCCAUAAAUGUUCUGCAUCUGAGAGUAAAUGUGCUGCUUUUGAGCUUAUGCCUUAUCUAUACAACUUUUUCUUGGAGAUCUUUACAAGCAAGAAAAUGAGAGAAGGCAAGAUUCUGGGAGUAUUUCUGCCUACUCAGGCAAAUAUAAUAUGUGGCCUACGUCCAUUCAAAACUGUUCAUGUUGCAGGUAUCAGAAACUAUCCCAAAAUAGUUCAGAAAUUAAAGAAGAAAAAGAAAGAAUUGCUGAAUCUUGAACAAUAUCCUGUGAAUGAGUGUCUCAGAGGAGAUGGAAAAUAAGUGGUUGAAUUAAUUAUCCAUUACUAAAUAUUCACUCAGCUUUAUCCUUCACCAAGGCAGGAAAAAAUAAGUUGAAAUGUUGUGGUGAUUGGAGGAGAAAAUGAUGCUGGCUAAAUGAACCCAUGUGAUAAUAUCUAUUGAAAUAUGAAAUGCUGUAUUUCUGAAAGCUUGUUAACUCAGAAAUGUAUCAAAUAGACCAGUGUAUGAAAAACUGAAUA